AAAUAAGUGAUUCAAGCACUUAGUAGGGAGAUUAUGGUCGCUCGAGGACUCGAAUAGCGCAAGUGUCAUUAAGUUUAGUUCAAAACUGACUUUCUGUUUGUGUGGCUGGUUCACGUGACUCUAUUUCCUCAGUCUACCAGCUGUGUAGUCUGACAGGACAGAGUGACCCAGCAGCAUACAUACAAUUAGUAGGCCAUGUGGUGGUUCCAGCAGGGUCUGUGCUUCCUGCCCGCAGCGCUGGUUGUCUGGACGGUGGCGUCCUUCAUCUUUGCUUAUAUCACAGCGGUGGUGCUGAGACAUGUGGAUCCUCUGGUGCCUUACAUCAGUGACACAGGAACGAUGGCACCUGAGAGGUGUGUGUUUGGCAUCAUGCUGGAUGUGUCAGCCUUUUUAGGUAUGGCGACAGUGUAUGUGCGUUACAAACAGGUGGAGGCCUUGACAGGUGAGGAGGAGGUCAGACUCAACAGACUGAACUGCGCCGGGCUGCUGCUCGGCUUAAUCAGCUCCUUCGGGAUGUGCGUGGUUGCCAACUUCCAGAAGACCACGAUUUUCUCCAUGCACCUGGUGGGAGCGGUGCUGACCUUUGGGAUUGGAGCUCUCUACAUCAUUGUUCAGACGCUGCUCUCACUCUACAUGCAGCCUCACGUCCACAGCAAGACCACCUACCUCGUCCGCCUCUGCAUCGGAGUCUGGACCCUGUGCAGCAUCAUCAGCAUGUUCGUAUCGUCAGUCAUCAUGUACAGCAGUCUGCCGGGAGUGGACGUAGCUCACAAACUGCACUGGACUCCUGGAGAGACGGGCUACACGGCUCACAUCAUCAGCACCAUAUCUGAAUGGUCUCUGGCCUUCUCCUUCAUCAGCUUCUUCCUCACGUACAUCAGAGAUUUCCAGAAAAUCAGUUUGCGAGCUGAAGCAGAUUUGCAGGGGAGCCACCUGUACGACUGGCCACAUGGUGGCGCCCCAGCAUCACGUCACCACAAACUUGAAGCUUCUGAAUCAUCUCCACUGCUGGCAGGAGGAACGUGACCAGCAGCAGAGACACUGCUUCUACACAGAUUUUCACUUUUUAUAAUCAUGUUUAAGGGCUUUUUAUAAGGACUUCCUUAAAGCUGGUGUGGUAGCUUGUAAACAUUCUCUCCUCCCUCUAGACCAGUGGCUCUCAAACUGGGGGAUGUACAGCCACAUCAGGGGGUUGCUUGAAUGUGAUUAAUGUGAUUAAUGUGGUGAUUAAUGUGGUGAUUAAUGUGGUGACAAACAAGUGUGCUCUGGUGCUAACAAGGCUAUUUUGCUAACCUGAAUCUUGUUUAUAUCAGUCGCCUGUAUUGUACAAUGUUGGGGGGCAUGAGCUUUGUUUGGCUUCUGACAGAAAAAGUUUGAGAACCACUGCUCUAGACUUAUCGCUCCAGAUAUUUGGGGUUUUUGGAGCCGUCUGAGAUUUCUGCCUCCAACUCGAUACAAUAGAGGAGAAUAGAAUCUAGUUCAGCAUUUCUUUUUUAGAAACUGGUUCCCUGUUAUUUUGGAUAAACUCACCAUUUUCAUUGUGAAAGUCCAGUCACCUCUAUUGUAUUAGGAUGGUGACAGAAAUCUCCAAACCUGGACAAAUGAAACAAACUAUUUGACUGGAAACUAAACAAUGAGGAAGAAAUGACCCUUUAAACCCAAAUGUGAUGCUUUUCCUUCAAACGGCUUCCUCCUGGGGGUCAUGUGUAAAAAGACGGGUUUUUUUAAAUGAUUUAUGUUGAAAUCAACAUGCUGAUUGUUAAACUGGGGGGAAAGAAUAUUUGUUGGAUCGCUGAGUUUCCAUUCUAUACAGAGUGGUUAAAUAUUUUCACUUUUUCUGACACCAGUUAUCAGUCCGCUUUCAUUUAGCUGCCCUAAGGUUACUUUCCAUAAAUACUAUUGUAUAUUACAAUGUAGUUCCUGUUUUUACUGUGAAGGCCAGGUGCAUAAUUCAGAUGCCUAACUUCACUUAAAUUCCCUUUAAGCCAUGUGUUACUUUAAGUACCGAACUGCUGCUGUAGUGUGCCACUGGAAUAAUUACUUUGCGUUAAAGUAAAUGUAUUCAGUUAUAAAAUAAUUAUAAUACCAUAAAUUUACCUGAAUGAAUAAUGGUUUCUUUAUUCUGUCAAACAAUUAAUAAAUGAUUCUAACUGAAAGGCUUUGGACUAGGCUACAAAUUAUUCCUCUUACUAAUGCUUUUGCCUAUUCCACCUCAGUUCAUUUGUGCUGCCUUAACUUUUCUUACAAAAACACAUUGUUAGACCUCAAUGAUACAGUUUUUCCUCAAUAUUAAAUAUUUUUUCUAAAUAUUUUAAAUCUUAUGUUUACAUCCAUGUUAACGAGCAAGUCAGCCUUUUACUUUUCUGACACAGUGUAGGUUAGUGGAAUAGCAUGAAACCAUGGGCAGGAAUGUGUAUCACCAGUAUAUCCAGUCAUAAAAACAUUGCUCCAGAGUGCUACAAACUCCACAGAGUACCUUUCAAUUAAAGACAACUGUGUAAACAUCCAAAAGUCCAAACCCACUGUAAUUGGUCAAACUCCUGUAAAAUCACCAGCUGGCCAAUCAGAGCUGCAGCUGAUGUUUGAGUUGAACUAUGUUAAAUUUUUAUGUGAGACAGCUGACAAAAAUAAAGGGAACUGUCAAUGAAUCAAUGCAUUGCUUUUUAUUAAACAGUCUAUAAUUAUUCUGAUGGCACAAGACUCCACAGUUAACCUACUGUCUAAACAUAUCUACAAAUAAACAUUAAUAUUUAUCGGAUACAAACUUGUAACCCUGAGUUGCUGCUGUACAUUGUUCAUGUUAAGACAAAUAAAGCUUUACUUCCUGUUUGUA